AGCCCCUUAACACCCUGAUCAGUCCUCCUCCACAUGGCUCAGGCUUUACCUUGUUACUCCCCCCCUCAAACCCCAAACACAACAUGAUGUCCUGCACGGGUAUGGAUGGGCUCGGCUUCACAGCUUAUUUUGCGCACUGAAGUUUUUAUUUAGCUGAAAUUAUUCUGGUGCCUUGACAUUGAUUUUCAAACGGAAAACCGGAGGGAGAAUCGCUUGCUUUCAGAAGUGUUUCCUCAGAAGACUCCUUGGCAUAAAACUCCCAAAACUGUUUGAGUGAUUCCCGUGGAGGGGGUGGGGGGAGGGGGGGGGAGAAGACCCCUAAAAAAGGAGCAGUCUCUCCACUGAGAUCACAGAAGGCAAACGGAGUCUGUGACCAGACCAGAACAGCAGUCAUGCUCGGCGGUGAAGGGGAGAGCAGCGCCUUCUCUUCUGCGAAGGAAGCCGCGGAUGACAGGCGCAAGUCUCCGGCUGUGGGUGGGGACGACCCGGCCGCUGGCAGCAGGUACACGGCGCACGGGAUGGGGGCCGACCGGUCCUACUACAUCCCUCCGACGGUUUCCAAACAAAGUCCAGAAGCCCCGAACCCUUGCUCUUUUAUCCCUUACACGCCCAGUGGGACGGUUUACGCCGCGUCCAGCGCGGGCCGGUACCCCUCAUCUCUCCACUUGGGCUCCGUGUUACCCCCCGCGGGGUUUCCCCCCUCCGCUGCCGGACGCAGUCACUUCAGCCCGGCUUACCAGCUCGGGCAGAGCCCCGGCUGCAUCUACACGCCGUACAGCAGCUCCGGGUCGGCUCUGGGCGGCAUAACGCUACCCAGCGCCGGCCCCGGGAUGAGGGCCCAGGUGUACCUCUGCAACCGGCCGCUGUGGCUCAAAUUCCACCGGCACCAGACCGAGAUGAUAAUCACCAAGCAGGGCAGACGGAUGUUCCCGUUCCUCAGUUUCAACAUAGCGGGUCUCAACCUGUCAGCGCAUUACAACGUGUUCGUGGAGGUGGUGCUGGCGGAUCCGAACCACUGGAGGUUUCAAGGGGGCAAGUGGGUCACCUGUGGCAAGGCGGACAACAGCGGCCAAGGAAACAAAGUCUACAUCCAUCCAGAGUCUCCAAACACGGGGGCCCACUGGAUGAGACAAGAAAUCUCCUUCAGCAAACUGAAACUCACGAACAACAAAGGGACCAAUCAUAACACCUCACAGAUGAUGGUGCUGCAAUCGCUGCACAAGUACCAGCCCAGGCUGCACAUCGUGGAGGUGACGGAGGACGGCGCGGAGGACAUCAGCAGUGACGUGAAGACUCAGAGCUUCACGUUCCCAGAGAACCAGUUUAUAGCUGUGACUGCCUACCAGAACACUGAUAUUACGCAGCUGAAAAUUGAUCACAACCCUUUUGCCAAAGGAUUCAGAGAUAAUUAUGACUCGAUGUACACAGCUCAAGAAAACGACCGCCUAACACCAUCGCCGACCGACUCGCCCCGUGCCCACCAGAUUGUCCCCGGGGCCCGCUACACCAUGCAGCCCCUCUUCCAGGACCAAUUUGUCAACAACCUUCCCCAGAACCGCUUCUAUAACAGCGAGAGAGCCGUACCGCAGACCAACAGCCUCCUCUCGCCUCAGACGGAGGACGGAAGUUCGCAGAGGUGGUUCGUCACCUCCAUGCAGCAAGGGGGGAACGGCACGAGCACCGGCAGCAAACUAGAUCUCACGCCCUACGAGGGAGAAUACUCCAGCUCCCUGCUCCCUUAUGGUAUCAAAUCCCUGUCCGUGCAAACAUCCCACGCUCUCGGCUACUACCCGGACUCUCCUUUCACCACCAUGUCUGCAGGGUGGGGGUCCAGAGCGGCAUACCAGAGGAAGGUCUCUCCCAGCCUGCCUUGGUCUCCCAGGCCCAGUCCCACCACUGGUUUCCCAGAAGACUCAAACAAAGUUAAGCCGCAGAUCGACGAGGAGGUGAACGGCAGCGGAAGCCUGAUCUCCUCCUGGACGGACACACAGUCGUCGGCUUUGUCCUUAGAAAAGGCGGAUUCAUAUUCCGCGGCCUGUAAACGAAGGCGUUUGUCCCUCAAUGGUCCCUGCACAGAGGACUCGGCCUCUGACAUCAAGUGUGAGGACUUGGCCUCUGUUGCCAUCAACAGUAGCUCCUAUAGCAAAGAAGCCCCCUUAGCCAAAGGCAUGGCAGCGUACUAUUCCUUUUACACAAACCCUUGAAUGGUUUGUCAUCUCUCAUUUGGUUUGCUCUUCAUGUGCCACCAUAAAUAACUCAUAUUUUACCCUGUUUUAUUGAGGGGGUGCACACCCAUAAUUUGUCUUGGUAGUGAUACAUGUGGUGGUCAUAUUUUUUUCAACUUUUGUGGCGAUAUCAAGGACACAAAUAAUAAAAACAAUUAUCAUAAGUCAAGGGGGGCAUGUUGGGCAAUAAGCAUCAGUAGCCUGAGUUAUUGUUUAAUAUUCACUCUAUUCUGUUUCAGGCCGUCUGUUCUCCUGAAAUAUAUAUAUUUUUCAACACCCUAUGAUGUAACUGUUUUGAAAGUGCAAAAGUAUGUUAAGUUCCCCCAUUAAAAAUAAAAAUAAAAAACAGUGUUCUGUAUGUUUUUCUCGGGCAUACAUUACUGCCUUUACAGUGAGGGUAUGUGUUUAUACAUUAUUUAUUGAAAGUUGAUAUGAAAUUUGUGCACUCAUAAAUGUGAUGAUGAUGCUAUGCUGUACCUUCAUGGCAACGUUCAGAUAUUUGAUAAUAAAAAGGCAUACGUGUUCUAUCAAG